AUUGUUUGGUGAAAGUAGUUCUGCUGAUAUUGUCGCUAUUAACUUGAGUCUUCCACAUAUUAUUCAUACUACUGAUCAUUAUUCUUUGUAUAAUAUUUACAACAUGGAUGAGACAGGUUUGUUUUACUCUAUGGUACCUGAUCGUACAAUCGUGUUUUGUCAAGUUGAAGGGUCAAAAAAAGACAAGGUAAAAAAGUUAGAUAUGCAAAUGAAUAGAUCAAAUUGCCAUAUUCUUCUCAUUCUUGACAAUGCCACUUCACAUGCUAUCAGUACACUUUACUUGACCAAUAUAGAAAUACUUUUCCUGCCAAAAAACACAACGUCAAAAAUCCAGCCUAUGAACACCAGGAUUAUCACAUCCUUCAAACUUCGUUAUUGCCAUCUACAACUUCAACAUGCAAUAGAACAUGAUGAAAAUGAUAUUUAUAAAGUUAACCAGUUGCAAGGCAUGAGGUGGGCAAAAAUUGCCUGGAAUGAAGUAAUUGUUGAAAUGAUUAAAAAUUGCUGGGCCCAUAUAAAAAUUAUAUCAUCUCGUGAUGAAUCCAGAAUGCCUAUCGUCUCUGAAAGUGGAAAUAUAAGUAUGGAAGAAAAUUUAGUGAAAGAAAAUGUUGAAUGUGUAGAAGAAAACUUAAAUGAAGAGUUAAUUAAUGAUCUUCAGUGCCAAAUGGUUGCACUACAUGUUUGUACUCCAAUAUCAGUCAAAAAUUGGUUAAAUCCUAAAGGUGAAGAAGAUGUGCAUCAACAAUUUACAGACAAUGACUUCGUCCAAGGUGCAAUUGAAGUAGAACAAGGGGAAGAGGAAGAAGUUGUAGAACCAUCUCUAACCCCAAAAGAAAAAUUAGCCAUCUUGCAUGAAGCCCUAAAAAUUGUGGUUGAAAUGGUUGAUAAUAAUGGAAUAACAAUGAAAUCUUUGCGCAAGAUACAAACCCGCAUCUAUGAGGAAGUUCAAAGGGAAAAGAAUGAAAAGCAG